AAACCUCAUCUUCGGCUUCAGAAUCGGUAUCUAACGAAUCACCUUCACCACGACGAGGUUUCGCGCUGCCUGCGCGAUUUGCCAGGCGGUACUCCACCUCGUCAGCUGUUUCAUCGGUAGCUAAAAGUUGCAUUCCUUGACCAUCAGGAACAUAGAUUGGUUCUGAGUCUGAAGCAUAGUCCGUGGCAGGAUGGUUGUAGAUCCACGAAGCCUCUCGGAACUGAUCACUAGCCAAUGGGAUGAGAUGUUCCACGAUUUGACGGAAAGUUGGUCGCUCUCGAGGUACAUAUCUCCAGCAUUCCACCAUCAAAUCGUACCAGAAAUCCGGACAAUCCAUAGGUCGGUCAAGUGUUUUUCGUGAGAUACCGAUGAAUGAAAGCACUUCCUCAUUGGCCAAACCUUGGUAUGGUUGUUGGCCUAGCGUCAACAUUUCAUACAGUACGAUACCGUAAGACCAAACAUCGCUCUUCAUGUCGAACGUGCCGUCUCGCAAUGACUCGGGUGCCAUCCAACGGACUGGCAUCAAACGUUUACCGUUUGGUUUGUAAUAUUCGUGAUAGUAGAUAUCACGAGCCAUGCCAAAGUCACCAAUUUUCACAGUGUUAUUCGCAUGCACCAUGCAAUUUCUGGCUGCAAGAUCGCGAUGACAAAACCGAAUUGAUUCCAAAUACGCCAUUCCAUCAGCGAUUUGGGCGGCCCAUUCAUAGUACUCGGCUAUUGUCGGUACAGGCAGAUUAUCCACAUUCUCUUCAGCACCAGGGCGCCGAGAACGUAAAUAGUCGCGAAGAUUACCCUUUUCCAUCAUUUCCAUUACGACUAAUACUGGCUGACCAUCCGACACAACACCAUACAGCUUGACAAUGAAUGCUUCAGCUGAGAAUGACUUCAUCACGUUGGCUUCAAGCAAAAAGUGUAGUCGCUCUGCCGAAUUAGCCGUCUCCGUUACCGUCUUGAUCGCGCACAAGCCAAAAGUAUCACCGCAUCGGGAUAGGACAUUAUUACCAUAACCACGAUACACCUUUCCGAAUGUUCCUCGCCCUAUUUCACAUUCCAACGUGAGAUCAGAUCGCUGCAGUUCCCACUCAUCAGGCUUGUAAACGUCUGCCUGAGACAAGUACUCCGGAUUUGCUGAGAUCAACUGUGUGGCGUACUCCUUCACUUUCUGCGAGUAAUAUUUCUUCACAAAGAAGUAGCCAACUAUUCCAACUAUUACAGCAAAUAACAGCAAGAAGAACAACGUCAGCAGAAUGUUCUUGAGUGUCCAAAAUCCCGGCGUAUAAAUCUCAAACAGUUCUUCAGCAUACGUUGGUUGGGAGACGCCAACUAACGAAACCGUACGUAAUUCAACACGAUAAGCGCCAUCGUUCAAUCCUUUGAAGACUGCGCCAUUCACAUUGGGAGACCAAUCAGCUGAUACAGGAAUGCACUGAUCAACAGGAGUCGACUGCUUUGCAGUAUUCAUUACUUUCACUUUGUAGGCCACGAUCAUCCCGUUGGGGUCAACAGGUUUCUUCCAUGUAAUACGUAUGUCAGACGUACCAUUCAGCACUACUACAUUGAUCGUUGAGUUGUCCACUCUAUCAGCAUCCAUUAUUGGCUUGGUUCUCACGUACUGCCACGCUCUUUUCGCUGAGCAAUGAGUUUCGGGAGCGGUUGGAUCUUGACACACAGUGACUUGAAUGAAGUAGCGGGUGUAAUGUUUUAGACCCUUGAUCGCAAAUGAGGUCGCUGUAACAUUCACAGUUACCACAUCGUUUCUCGCCGCUUCAGCCAAUGCAUUUAUGCUAUUCCUAG